GGAUAGGUCAUCCGGCUAGUUAGUACGCGAACAGUAACAACAAUCUUCUCGUAUCUCCAGUUUUCGUCCUUUAGAGGGCUACCUAGGGUGGCAUCGUAGUGGCGCCUGCCGUUAACAUGGACUCGAAGCUGGAUACGAAUCUUGUAAUCGGGAAUCCUUUCGGCGUGAAACGUGUCUAUGGCGGUAUAAAGCUGUUGCCGUGCAGUUGGCUGCGUAGGAGAGUUCCUGGUCCCAGGAUAUGGCUCAUCGUGAAGGAAUGGAAGGCUCAAAACGGUCUGAAACACUACUUCAAUUGCGCCUCAUCUCCUGAUCUCGCGAUCAUCGAGAACUGUUUCCAAGCGAUGAAGCAACACGUACGUAAAUAUACCCAUUGGGACCCCGACGAGACGCAAUAGCUUCUAAAAGAGGGAUGGGACGGUAUUAAGCAGGAAUGUAUCAAUUCCCGCGUUGAUUCUAUGCCUGAAAGGCUUCAGGCCGUUAUAGACGUAGAGGGACAGCUGAUUGGAGAUUUUAAGGCGA